AGGAAUUUUUCAAAUAGAAACUAAUUGCAGAGUUUCCAGUUGACCACCAUUCAUAGGAUGAAGGUAUAGAUCCUUUGAUGUCUUCAGUAUAUCCGCAUAGCCCUGCUGAUCCGCUGAGUUGACUGAAGUCUCAAAACUACAACUAAAUUUGGAAAGGGUGUUUGUCACUUGAAAAUUACUCCACUGACAAGAUCUGAAGUAACUGAAUGAAGACAAACACAGAGAUGGUGUGUCUAAGAAAUUUCAAAAGGUGUCGGCCUCCUGAUUGAAGCACAGUCAACUUAUUGGAUUCAUUUUUUUUUUCAUCCAUUUCCGUACUCCUACAAGGGAAAGUCAUGAUUACGCUAACAGAGCUGAAAUGUUUAGCAGAUGCCCAGUCAUCUUAUCACAUCCUAAAACCAUGGUGGGACGUCUUCUGGUAUUACAUUACCCUGAUCAUGCUGCUGGUGGCCGUGCUGGCCGGAGCUCUCCAGCUUACACAGAGCAGGGUUCUGUGCUGUCUUCCAUGUAAGGUGGAAUUUGACAAUCACUGUGCCGUGCCUUGGGACCUCCUGAAAGCCAGCGCAAACACAUCCUCUGAUCCUGGGACACCGCUCCCACUUCCCCUCAGAAUCCAGAAUGACCUCCACCGACAGCAGUACUCCUACAUCGAUGCUGUCUGUUACGAGAAACAGCUCCAUUGGUUCGCCAAGUUUUUCCCCUACCUGGUGCUCUUGCACACACUCAUCUUUGCAGCCUGCAGCAACUUUUGGCUUCACUACCCGAGUACCAGCUCCAGGCUCGAGCAUUUUGUGGCCAUCCUUCACAAGUGCUUCGACUCCCCGUGGACCACGCGUGCCCUGUCCGAAACAGUGGCCGAGCAGUCGGUGAGGCCCCUGACACUCUCCAAGUCCAAGGUUCUGCUUUCGUCCUCAGGGUGUUCAGCCGACGUCGAUUCCAGCAAGCAGUCAUUGCCCUACCCACAGCCUGGCUUGGAGUCGGCCAGCAUAGAAAGCCCAACUUCUAGCGUCCUGGACAAGAAGGAGGGCGAACAGGCCAAAGCCAUCUUUGAAAAAGUGAAAAGGUUCCGCAUGCACGUGGAGCAGAAGGACAUCAUUUAUAGAGUGUAUCUGAAGCAGAUCAUAGUGAAAGUCAUUUUGUUCAUCCUCAUCAUAACUUAUGUUCCAUAUUUCCUAACCUACAUCACUCUGGAAAUCGACUGUUCCAUUGACGUGCAGGCUUUUACGGGAUACAAGCGCUACCAGUGUGUCUACUCCUUGGCAGAAAUAUUCAAGGUCCUGGCUUCAUUUUAUGUCAUUUUGGUUAUACUUUACGGUCUCACCUCCUCUUACAGCUUGUGGUGGAUGCUGAGGAGUUCUCUGAAGCAAUAUUCCUUUGAGGCGUUGAGAGAGAAAAGCAACUACAGCGAUAUCCCUGACGUCAAGAAUGACUUCGCCUUCAUCCUCCAUCUGGCCGAUCAAUAUGAUCCUCUUUAUUCCAAACGCUUCUCCAUAUUCCUCUCGGAGGUCAGUGAGAACAAACUAAAACAGAUCAACCUCAAUAAUGAAUGGACGGUUGAGAAACUGAAAAGUAAGCUUGUGAAAAAUUCCCAGGACAAGGUAGAACUGCACCUUUUUAUGCUAAAUGGUCUUCCAGACAACGUCUUUGAGCUGACAGAAAUCGAAGUGCUCAGCCUGGAGCUUAUCCCGGAGGUCAAGCUGCCCUCCACAGUCUCGCAGCUGGUCAACCUCAAGGAGCUUCAUGUGUACCAUUCAUCCCUGGUGGUAGACCACCCAGCGCUGGGCUUUCUGGAGGAGAAUUUAAAAAUCCUCCGCCUGAAAUUUACUGAAAUGGGGAAGAUCCCACGCUGGGUAUUUCACCUGAGGAAUCUCAAAGAACUUUAUCUGUCGGGCUGUGUUCUACCUGAGCAGUUGAGUACCAUGCAAUUGGAGGGCUUUCAGGACUUAAAAAACCUGAGGACCCUCUACUUGAAGAGCAGCCUCUCCCGGAUCCCUCAAGUCAUUACAGACCUCCUGCCUUCUCUGCAGAAGUUAUCCCUUGAUAAUGAGGGAAGCAAGCUGGUUGUGUUGAACAACUUGAAAAAGAUGGUCAAUCUGAAAAGCCUAGAGCUUAUCAGCUGUGACCUGGAACGCAUCCCACACUCCAUUUUCAGUCUGAACAAUUUGCAUGAGUUAGACCUAAAAGAAAAUAACCUUAAAACCGUGGAAGAGAUCAUUAGCUUUCAGCAUCUCCAGAACCUUUCCUGCUUAAAGUUGUGGCACAAUAACAUUGCUUAUAUUCCUGCCCAGAUUGGGGCACUAUCUAAUCUAGAGCAGCUCUCUUUGAACCAUAAUAAUAUUGAGAAUCUGCCCCUACAGCUUUUCCUAUGCACCAAACUACAUUAUUUGGAUCUAAGCUAUAACCAUCUGACCUUCAUUCCAGAAGAAAUCCAGUAUCUGAGUAAUUUGCAGUACUUUGCCGUGACCAACAACAAUAUUGAGAUGCUACCAGAUGGGCUGUUUCAGUGCAAAAAGCUGCAGUGUUUACUUUUGGGGAAAAAUAGCCUGAUGAGUUUGUCCCCUCACGUGGGUGAGCUGUCGAACCUUACUCAUCUGGAGCUCAUUGGUAAUUACCUGGAAACACUCCCUCCUGAACUAGAAGGGUGUCAGUCCCUAAAACGGAGCUGUCUGAUUGUCGAGGAGAAUUUGCUCAACACUCUUCCUCUCCCUGUAACAGAACGCUUGCAGACGUGCUUAGAUAAAUGUUGACCGAAAGGGGAAAUACCUUUUAAAUGUUUGCCCCAGGGCUUUAAACGAGAGCUAAAAUUUCCUAAGUUAUAACGAUGAAAAAUGGGUAAUAAUUAUGACUAACUAUAACCAGAUGUCUUUAAAGCAACUCAGUGUCUAGCCCUACAUUAAACAGGUAAAAAGUGUUAACACUGAA